AUGCUUCGAAGGUGGCUGUGGUCACCCGUGGUCACUGUAGUCCAAGUCCCUCAGUGUUCGUGCAACCGGUGCUUUGGAAAUGGAUGUGCUCCGAGAUGUAGCUACUGCCCGCCAAGAUUCGGAUACUCUUCAUGUUGCAAUAAUAACAACUUCUCCUGCUGUGGAUUCCGAUUCCGUCGUAGCGUCGAACAAGUGGUGAAGGCUGAAACUUCGGAAUAUUCUAAAUAA